UAUUCUGAAAUCUUAAAAAGCUGUAUCAAAGACUGUUUCUAAAGUUUGUUGAAAGAAAGUUUUCAGAAUGGACGACGAGAUGCCAAGGAAAAUGGGGGCAUACCCGCCUUACGCGCCGUACAAUGUAACACCCAUGCCGCCAACGGUCGAAGGCACUAUUGGCGCCGGCCGCGUAAUGCGCAUCAAAGCUAAGCCGAGAUACCUUAAGUCGGGGACCAAGCCGCCAAGGCCAGCAAGACCGGGUGGCCCAAUGAGAAUGCCAAAACCACUUGAUGAGGAGUACCUGACUCCGCGCGCAAUGAAGGCGCAUGCGCGAUGUAUGCGCAAACACUGUAUUGCUCUAACUGACCGACUCGAGCGCAUGGCCAAACCAUCGCGCCGUCAAGUGCUAAGCAUGUGGCGCGAACACCACCAUUCUCUACCCCCUGAAACGAUUGCUCGCCUUCGCGGAAUGUUGGAUGCAGAUGAGCCUUUUAAGCCGGAUCAAGCAUAUCAAUAUUUUACGAAUCUGAUGAAGGGGUCAGCAAAGUCCAAAAAGUCCGAAAACCCAUGCGAGAAGGUAAAGAGAGACUUGAUGGCAAUGGUCGGGGACCGACGGUUCUCUUGGGCACGUAAUGCGACAGUUGCCUUUGCACGCGGCAUACAACAGCGACUUUCCAGGCCUGGCAAAUAUAGAUUAGCUGACGGAAUGUUGCGAUUGUCUGACAUUAUACUUUAUGAAAUAUGCUGCUACAUGAAUUUAAAAACGCCUUCUCGCCGUUCCUCUAAUCCUAAGGCUAAAUUUAUGGUGGAGAUGGCUGACAAGAUCGCCGUAUGGAUAGACGAAAUUCUUUCGGAAUCCGACGAGCGAUUGCUGAUGAUGGAUUUCGAUGAAGAUGAAGAAGUGAGUGCCCUAGACGCCGGAGACGACGAAACGUCGCCACCGGCAGAGAACACGCCACUGGAAUCUAAAGAAGCCUCCACGACAUCCAAGAAAAAACAGCCAACCACCUCAGGCACUACAAUCACAACUCAAGGAGAAUCUGCUAGUAACAUUGAGUCCAAGUCCAAGUCUUCGCAACAAUAAUCAAAUCAAUUGACGACGCUGGCGACGCUGGCUUCACCGAUGAAUUUCUCGACAUGAUGGGAGGUGACGGACCGGCAACGUUAAUCUACCUCAAGAAGAAAACCUGCAAAAUGAAGCAUAUCAAUAU